CAUUAAAUUAAAAUUCUUGAAUUAUAAUAAUACCAUAAUGUAUGCAAACAUUGAAGAAGUAGACAGCAAUAGGCAACCUCACCUCACUGGGAAGCUAAGAAGUUACCUAAGCAUUGUAAUCGGACUAGCCCAAUGCAUUGUCAGCCUGACGAAGUUCAUCCACCCUCUGGGCUUCUUAUUCGGUCUCAGUCUUCUCUCAUUCGGAAUUUUUACACAAUUUUAUGGAUCAAAAAUUAACCAACCCAACUACAGAUAUGACCAGAAAGAUAAGAAAAUCAAGAGUUGGGCAUCAAGAGUCCUAAAAGGAGUAAACAUUGCUCAUAUCUGAAUCACCAGCCUGCUCUUACUUAUUGGAAUUGCCAACCUUAAAAUUGACACUACGAUGCAUGACUUCCCCACUCAGUGUCUCCCAGAGCCAGGAUGCUCGAGAGUAGCCAGAGAUUUCAACCAUAGAGCAAAUUAUGUAGACCCUAAAAACAUCGUCACUAUCUCCGGAUUAAAUGUUGAAAAUAUUCAUAAUACUCUAAAAGGGUGCAUCCAGAACGAACAGAUGGGAGUAAUCAUUGCAGAUGAGGUUCCUCAAUCUGCACCAAACAACCGCCUGCUACACUCCAUCUUCGUCAGCAACUUCUUUGGAUUUAUCGAUGACAUGUAUCUCCAAAUCGUUGAUUGAAACAACAACCAGAGCACCUUCAGCAUCGAGAUCCAAAGUGUACUAAGAAUCGGCCAGAGCGACCUAGAUGUCAACCCUCAAAGGGUUGCCAACAUGUAUAACUGCAUUGGCAAAAGCUUUUCCAACCAAACGAUUACUGCCACAUCCAAAGUCUGCGGAUAAUAAGUUUGCAUAACCCAUUAGUUACUCAAUCUUUCAGAUAUUCAGCCGUGAUCAGAUAAUUUGGGGUUUUGG